GUUCAGUUAAGUCGGACAACAAAAGUCCGGCUAAUUAUACCAUCAAAGUGGAGCACAAGUGCGUUCUCUGUGAAGCUUCUCUGGAGAGUAAAGAAGCUCUUCAAGUGCACUUCAGAAAACAUGCUAAUAAAGAAAUUGAUGCACGUGGUAAACCAUUUGCCUCUAAACCACCACCAGCGGCUAAUGAUUCGGCGUGUGAUAUAUGUGGAAAGAGUUUCCAAACAAUAGCAGCGACAAUUAGACAUCGGUUUAAAAUACAUCCUAAUUCACCAGCUAAAUUUUAUUGUGGUUAUUGUGGUAUGCAAUUUCCACUAAAGACACACAGAGAUGCACAUAUAACAUCACACGAUACCUCGGUCGAUAAAAGUACAACGGAAGAAAAUGAAAAAUGUGAAGAAUGUAACGUUGUAUUUUAUAAUAAAAAAGCAUUGAAUUAUCAUUAUAAAUCAGUCCACAAAAGGCUUGUACAUAUGUUUCAACCAAUAGCCACACCACCUCCAAGUAACAAAAUAAAAGUAAACUCAAUGAACGACGCUCUUAGUGUUUACUAUUGUCAUCUAUGUGGCGUAGAGUACAUAGUAAAAUUCAAUCUUCAGCAGCAUUUAGAAAGAGUCCACUCGCCAGAAGAGCGCGAAGCUGUGCCGAGUGAUUUAAUUAAAUGUACCAUGUGCUCUGCGUUUUUUUACAGCAAAAAAGCUUAUGAUACCCAUAAUAGUUACCAUCAACCAGAUGAUCUCUAUGUCACCUCCGAGGAGCAAAGGUUGCAAACAAUUACUAAAAUUGAUCAGGAUUUUGACAUUCGUAGAGUUAAGCCGCGCCCUGAAAAAUAUAUUCCAAAGAGUCUACCUCGAAAAUCGAGUGUAAACAGACAAAAUUAUAGUACAGUUAAUGUUAAAGUAAAAUCUGAGCCAGAAAGUAAUUCUAGUGAUUCGGAAAGUGAUAUUCCUUUGAACAAAAGGUUAAAAAGCUAACAAUUAAAUAGGAAUUUAAUUUUUUUCAAAAACCUUACUUUAAAUUAUUUAAUUAUUAGAUUUAGACCGUAGUUUUAUUUUUAG